UUGAGAGCAGAAUGAAGCCAACAGCUUGUGCAGAGCCCUGCCAACACAGCUGGAGCUAAUUGUGGAGGAGGGGUAUGAGGUAAACUAGUGCUUACAGACUGAUGAAAUGAGCAAGAAUAGGUAACAGCAUUUAACCUGGCAAGUAAUCUAAGAGACAUCAUACAGAAUGAGUCUACUAACCCAGUUGGUAAGUGGCCAGCAGAUAGAGAAGGUCCAUGGGUAUUAAUGGGAGGGCGUAGCUUGAGGGGAGGACUCAGGGGCUGGCCUCAAAUCAGGUGGUGAACUCAAAGUGUCCUCCCUGGUGGAGUUUGCUUAGGGCAGUGCUGAAUUUACAACCAUUGAGUUUCAGCUGUUCCUGAGGUGGUAGAUACUGAAUGCUGUGGCUGAGGAGUUCAAAAUCAUUUUUUAGCUCCCUCUAAAAGAGGAAAAAGAAAGAUCCCUGGUUCCAAGACAGUCAAGACCUUUCUCAGGUCAGUCUUAAAUUCUUACCUCUACCAGCAGCUGCUUCUCAAGCUCUGAGGAUUUCACUAAGCCAAUUUAAUGCUGGUGGUAAGACGGUCUAAACCCAUUAGCUCCCGGCUAUCUGAAUAAUUUUCUCCUCGGAGCCCAGCACACCAGGCGGCUGUUCUAAUCAGAACUGGAGAGAACUGCCACAUUAGCUGGACAUUUGGUGACUGUUGUAGCCUGCAUGGUAAGCACUGAGGAGCUGAAGAAAAUGCCACUAGCUAGAUCACUGUCCAUUACUUCUCUUAAUGGGCUUCCUCAGUGGGAGGAUGAAGAUCUACCAGUGGAGGAUUUGUUGCUCUUUGAAGUUUCUUGGGAAGUUACCAACAAAGUUGGAGGCAUUUACACUGUAAUCCAGACAAAAGCCAAAACUACGGCAGAUGAAUGGGGUGAAAACUAUUUUCUGGUUGGUCCCCAUUUUGAGCACAACGUGAAGACUCAGGUGGAAGCAUGUGAGCCUCCAAACCCCUCAGUUAAGAAGGCAAUGGACAUCAUGAAAAGCCAAGGGUGUCAGGUCUUUUUUGGAAGAUGGCUGAUAGAGGGCAGCCCAUAUGUCUUACUGUUCGAUAUAGGAUCAGCAGCUUGGAAUUUGGACAGGUGGAAAGGUGAAUUUUGGGACGUCAGCAACAUAGGGAUCCCUUUUCAUGACCAAGAAGCCAAUGAUGCUGUGAUUUUUGGAUCGUUAACAGCCUGGUUUUUGAAAGAGCUUUCCUGUCAGUUUGAUGACAAGCCCAACAUAAUUGCCCACUUCCAUGAGUGGCAGUCAGGAGUGGGUUUAAUACUGUCUCGAGCUCAGAAACUUCCAGUUGCCACAAUUUUUACUACCCAUGCAACUCUGCUUGGGAGAUACCUGUGUGCAGCCAAUAUAGAUUUUUACAACAAUCUCGACCAGUUUGACAUUGACAAGGAAGCAGGAGAGAGACAGAUUUACCAUCGGUACUGUAUGGAACGGGCGUCUGUACAUUGUGCCCAUGUGUUCACCACAGUCUCACAGAUAACAGCUGUGGAAGCAGAACACAUGCUUAAAAGAAAACCUGAUGUUGUCACCCCAAAUGGCUUGAACAUUAAGAAAUUUUCAGCAAUGCAUGAGUUUCAGAAUUUGCAUUCCAUGUACAAGGCUAGGAUCCAAGAGUUCAUUCGAGGUCAUUUCUAUGGCCACCUUGACUUCAGUCUUGAGAAGACCUUAUUUUUCUUCAUUGCUGGGAGAUACGAGUUUUCCAACAAAGGAGCUGAUAUGUUUCUAGAAGCCUUAUCAAGAUUAAACUUUCUGCUGAGGGUUCAUAAGGCUGAUGUUACAGUUGUUGUGUUCUUCAUCAUGCCAGCAAAGACAAACAAUUUCAAUGUGGAAACCCUGAAAGGACAAGCAGUUCGGAAGCAGCUCUGGGACACUGCACAAUCUGUGAAAGAAAAGUUUGGAAAGAAACUCUACAAUGCACUGCUAAAAGGAGAAAUUCCAGACUUGAACAAGAUUCUUGACCGAGAUGAUAUAACCAUUAUGAAAAGAGCCAUCUUUUCAACUCAGCGACACUGUCUGCCUCCAGUGACCACCCAUAACAUGAUUGACGAUGGCAAUGAUCCAAUCCUCAAUACCAUCCGACGCAUUGGCCUUUUCAAUAACCGGACAGACAGAGUAAAGGUGAUCUUACAUCCAGAGUUUCUUUGUUCAACAAGCCCAUUGCUGCCCUUGGACUAUGAGGAAUUUGUUAGAGGCUGCCACCUUGGUGUAUUUCCAUCAUACUACGAACCCUGGGGUUACACUCCAGCUGAAUGUACUGUGAUGGGCAUUCCCAGUGUGACCACAAACCUUUCGGGAUUUGGCUGUUUCAUGCAAGAACAUGUUGCUGACCCAGCAGCUUAUGGCAUCUACAUAGUUGACAGGAGGUUCCGCUCACCUGACGAAUCAUGCAACCAGCUGACUCAGUUCCUAUAUGGAUUUUGUCAGCAGUCCCGUCGCCAGAGGAUCAUCCAAAGAAACCGAACUGAGAGGCUCUCAGAUCUGUUGGACUGGAGAUACCUAGGCAGGUAUUACGUUCAUGCCAGACACUUGGCCCUCAGCAGAACAUUCCCAGAUAAAUUUGAGAUGGAACCAAGUGCUCCACCAAAGACGGAAGGUUUCAGGUACCCCAGGCCUUCAUCAGUGCCACCAUCACCUUCUGUCUCUCAGCAUUCCAGCCCUCACAAUAGUGAAGGUGAAGAUGAGGAUGAAAGAUAUGAUGAGGAUGAGGAAGCCGAAAGAGAUAGGCAAAAUAUCAAGUCUCCCUUUUCCCUUGGAGUAUUGCCACAGGGAAUAAAGAAGCAGCACGGAGAAUACAGGAACUGAAUUAAUUGCUCUCACCCUGUCAGGGUCUCUCCAUCUAUUCAACAGUUUCUCCUGUAGUCUUGGUAAGCUUUGUGUUAAAGACAGUGUGAUAUAACUAGGGGAAUCUUAAAUGUUGCUUGAGCUACAUUGUUGGAAAACCUAAUAUUAUUUUACCUUGAAAGUACUUUAAAUGACAAUUCUUAUGUGCGCCUUUGAAGUAGAAGUGAUUUCUCAAGCUUAAUAAACCUAGAGAAUGCAACAAUCCCCUCAGGAGCUUAUACAAACUGAAGAUCUUACCUUUGUCUACAAAAUCAUCUAUAUUAAUCAUAGUCUAUGCUGAUAGCUCCAUUAUGGGUGUCCCAAUUGAAUUCCUGCUUCAUUUAUGUUUCCCCUUUUCCCCUCCUAAAGUAUCAUGAACUUUAAGGCAGAGCUCAGAAAAUUCAGAGAAAUAUUUGUUGUACUGGGGAAAGUUUGGGAGGGUUGAAAAACAUAUACUGAAAAGAAAAUGGUCUUUCUUUUUCCUUAUGCUGUUUAUUGUAAGCUUACAUAAUUUAAAACAUUUUUUUCCACAACACACAGAAGUGUCUCGAUCCGGUGGUAGAAUAUACUUCCUGUGGAACAAUAUAAAGUCUUAUGGAGUGGGCAUUUGAAUUUUAGAGACAAAUGAAGUCAUCUUUCUGAAGUCAUUCAGACCCACAAUAAACAGCAGACUGUUUGUUUUCUGGU